ACUUAAGUGAUAGUGAUGAAGAAGGGAGAAACAAAGCGGUUCAAAAAGCAGAAAAAAGAAGGAAAGAAUCAAGAGAAAAAUUACUUGGUCAUCUAAAAAAUAAUUGCCAUGGUUAUUAUACACAUGAAAUAUUAGAGAGGGUAAAUGAAAAAAUUAAGGAUCUUAUGGUUGAGCUAGCAGCAGAAAAUGCGGCUAUGGAAAAAGAUGAGCAAAAAAUAAAACAACUAGAAAAACAAAUCAGCGAGGAAGUGAAAGCAGAAGUUGAA